UUCAUUUAGCUGCCGCUAAGAGUAGAGUUCAGUCAGCUCGAAAGACUACUAUACCUCGGUUAGAGCUCUGUGGAGCUCUACUGUCGGCACGACUUACAAAAAAGGUGAAUAAGGCGCUCAGUUUGUACAGGGUCAUUGACCGGGUGGUAUUCUGGUGUGACUCUACCAUUGUUAUUAGUUGGAUUAAAACAGAGUCUUCAAAGCUUAAGGCUUAUAUUAGGAACAGAGUGGACGAGAUAGCUGAAUGUUCUGAUCCUUUGUCAUGGCGUUACGUGCCUACAGCUCUCAAUCCAGCCGAUAUAGGGUGUAGAGGCCUCGAUGCCACUCAGCUUCUGCACGAGCAGAGGUGGUGGUCCGGCCCGUCUUUCCUUAAAUACGACGAGUCAACAUGGCCAGAGAAUGUUUUCAAAUUUUUGCAAACUACAGAGAGUCAUGGCAUAUAUUCAGCGCUUCAUAUAUAACUGCCGUCACUCACACAAUAAAUACACUGGACAUCUAACAGUCAAGGAACUUGUGUCCUCUAAUCAAACAUUAUGUAAAUUAGCACAAAUGGAAAUAUUUCCUAAAGAAUAUUCCACUUUAUCAAAAAAUAAUAACUUACCUGCAAAAAAUUGUUUACAGAAUAUGCGACCGUUUAUGCAUAAUGACGGUCUGAUACGCGUCGGAGGACGACUAUCAAAUUCGGAAUAUUGUUACGAUACCAAGCACCCUAUCAUACUUCAUGCUUCACACCAUCUUACGAAAUUAAUCUUCCAACACUAUCACAUACUCACUAUGCAUGCGGGACCACAGCAUUUAUUAUCCACUAUUCGUCAAAAAUACUGGCCAAUCGCAGGUCGUAAUCUAGCAAGAAAAACAGUUCAUGAUUGUAUUAAGUGCUGUCGUUUCGCAGGUAGAUCAAUCCAACCAGUCAUGGGUAACUUGCCAAAGGAACGUCUUUCUAUGACGUAUCCGUUCUUAAAUGUAGCAGUCGAUUACGCAGGCCCAAUCUUGAUUGCUGACAAGAAAGGUAGAGGGUGCAAAUUAAUUAAAUCGUGGAUUUGCGUUUUUGUUUGUCUGGCGGUAAAGGCUGUACACGUUGAGCUGGUGACAGACUUGUCAAAAGAUGGCUUCCUCGCAGCGCUGCAGAGAUUCGUUGCUCGUAGGGGAAAGCCCAUCAGUAUCUAUUCCGAUAACGGAACCAAUUUUACUGCGGCUAGCAGGGAUCUGGCUAGGUUCUUGAAGGCGAGUGGUGAGGAGAUAGGUGUCUCGGCAUCAGAGUUAGCGAUUAAUUUUAAAUUUUCUCCCGCGUAUUCACCACACUUUAACGGCUUAGCAGAAGCAGCAGUAAAGUCGAUUAAGCAUCAUCUAAAAAGAGUUUUAACACUUACCAAUUUAACAUACGAAGAAAUGUACACUCUAUUAGUAGGGAUAGAAGGCAUACUCAAUUCUAGGCCCAUAACUCCUCUUUCUUCCGAUCCCACUGACCUAAUCCCACUUACACCGUCCCAUUUCCUGAUCGGAAGAACAAUGACCAAUAUUCCAGAGCAAAUAGAUGAUCAGAGGCCAUUACACCUACAGACUAGAUAUGAAAGAAUAAGCACAUUAAAGGGCCACUUCUGGAAACGAUUCUACAAAGAAUACUUUGCUGAGCUGCAAUGCCGCCAAAAAUGGAAAGGUGAUCACAGUCAACUUCAUCUAGGCGAGAUGGUGUUGGUCAAGGACGAUCGAUUGCCUCCGAACCGCUGGCUGCUUGGACGUGUGGUCCACCUCUACCCUGGCUCAGAUGGCAUCGCGCGAGUAGCAGACAUCCAGACGACCUCAGGGACUCUACGGCGCGCCUACAACCGGCUCUGCCCGCUACCUGUUUUGGAAUCUUCGCUUCCAACGGGGCCAGCAUGUGAAGUAGCAGCAAACUUAAGUUAAUAAAAUAAUAUGUGAAGUGGCAACACCGCGCUUCCGCCCGGCGUAGGCGCCAUCAUCUGUGUCUUGCAUUGACAUUGACCUUUUCGUUUCCGCGCUCUGGCUGGUACUUGUGCCAGCCAGAGCGCCGCGUGUGAACUC